AUGGACUUACUCGUCGGUUCGUCGAGUUGCGGCUGGAGGGGAGUUGUUGGCCGUAGGGGAAAGAAGCUGGGUUGGCGGGAGGAGCAGCCGGCGAGGAGGAGCAGGAGGCUGGGAGGAGCAGCCGCGCGUCGCCUCGGCCGUCGUUCACCUCGAAGAAGCUGGGAGGAGCAGGAGGCUGGGAGGAGGAGGAGCAGCCGGCGGAGAGAAGCUGGGUUGGCGGGGAGAAGCUCGGCGAGAGGGGAAAGAUGGGUGCUGUGGGGAGAAGUCCAGCCGCCACAACGAAUCCCGGCCGCCUCGAAGAAGCUCGUCAGCUGCGGGGAGAAGAUGGCUGCUGCUAGAUGCUGGUUGCGGCUAGACUUAGAGAUGGUAGAGUUUUGUUAUUUCAAUUGA